AUGGACUCUGCGUCAUUUAAGACAUCCUCUGAGAACGAGAAAGGACCGAGUCACAAAAAAACCGUUGCGUACGCGCCUGAAGAUCGUCCAAGGCCCUAUACCAGACGAACGAUUCGAGACGACAAUCUCGAUCUCCAUGAGACAUGA